AUGGCCUUCGUUGGAAUUCUUAAGGAUGAGGAUGUGGCUACAGCUAUCAGCGCCUGCUGUGCUCCUGAGAGCUUCAACUACAAGGCAUUCUUUGCCGAGACAGGCCUGUCAGGAAAAUCUGCUGAUGAUAUUAAGAAGGCCUUCUUUGUAAUUGAUCAGGACAAGAGUGGCUUUAUUGAGGAGGACGAGCUGAAACUGUUCCUGCAGAACUUCUCUGCUGGUGCUAGAGCUCUGACUGAUGCUGAGACCAAGAACUUCCUGGCAGCUGGUGACCUUGAUGGUGAUGGCAAAAUUGGAGUUGAAGAGUUUGUUGACCUUGUGAAGUCUUAA